UUUUUUCCUAUAUAAACCAGAUAUUCCGGAUAGUUGCUUCACCUUUAAGCCGAAGUCGGGAGAAACUACAUACGUUUUCAAUAUGUUUAAGUCUAUUGUGAUUGCGGCUUGUCUAGUGUGUGCCCGUGCGGCCGUGGAGUGGAGUGACUGCGCCACAAAGGGUAGCCAAACGGCGCUGACGGUAAAUGCGAUUGACUUCCACCCGAACCCCGUAAUAUUCCCUGGAGAGCUGCACGUGGACUUGGACAUGACCGUAACCCAGAGGAUGGAUCAGCUCUUUGUCGACGUUGAACUGUGGAAGAACACAACCUUUGGUGAAUCCAAAAUCCCAUGUAUCGGAGACACAAACAUCGGCACAUGCCAGAACAUAGACGCCUGUUCGAUUCUACCCCGGAUCCGGAACGGUUCCUCUAUUGUGUCGGCGGAUCUGGGCCUUCAAAUAGACAAGAUUAUACUAACCGCCCUUGGUCACGAGGGCAACUGUCCCAUCCAACCGGAGAAUGUCACUCUUCAUAACGAGCACAUCACACUUCAGGCUCUACCAGCUGAACUCAGCCUUAUUGCCACGGGGGAUUACAGAAUCGUUUUCAAGAUCAAGGAUGAUCCGGCCUCCUCUGACAACAUCGGAUGUCUCGAGAUAAAAGCCGGUAUACGCAGGAAAACUGAUCAAGUAGUAGGCAGAUAGAAAUUCUGAUGAUUACUCGCCAAUAUAUUUUUUCCUCGUGUCGUCGUUUCCUCAACAUUUUCAAACAUAUUCAUCGUAUUCCUAGAGCUGAGUGAGUGGAUAAAUAUGAUCACCGAUGUGUUUGUUGCUUUUAUAUUGGACUGCGUGUCCGAAGUGUUGAUGUGUUCUUGAACCACAUACAUCGAUGUAUAAUAAGUAUCUCUUAUGUAUUGUUAACGCUGUAUAUUUUCAAAUUAAACAUAAACAAUU